CCCACUCCCUGCGGGCACUGCUGGGGGAAGCUUACAGCACAGACCCACACACCUCACCCUCUGGGGGUACUGCUAAAAGAAGCUUGCAGCCUGGCCAUACCUCCCCCCUGGAGGCACUGUUGGGGGAAGCUUGCAGCCUGGCCAUCCUUUCCCCCACUGGGGUCACAGCUUGGGGAAGAUUGCAGCCUGGACAUCCCUCCCUCCUUGGGAACACUGCCGGGGGAAGUUUGCAACCUGGACCACCCUCGCUGGGGGCACUGCUGGGGGAAGCUUGCAGCCCGGCCAUCCCUCCCCCACAGGGGGCACUGCUGGGGGAAGGUCGCAGCCUGGACAUCUCUCCCCUACUGUGGACACUGCUGGGGGAAGUUUGCAACCCGGACCACCCCCGCUGGGGGCAGUGCUGGGGUAAGGUCCCAGCCUGGAGCCGUACACCCCGCCCCCUGCGGGCACUGCUGGGGGAAGCUCACAGGCCGGCCAUCCCUCCCCCACUGGGGACACUGCUGGGGGAAGCUCGCAGCCCGGCCAUCCCUCCCCCACUGGGGACACUGCUGGGGGAAGCUUGCAGCCCGGCCAUCCCUCCCCCACUGGGGACACUGCUGGGGGAAGCUCGCAGCCUGGCCAUCCCUCCCCCGCCGGGGGCACUGCUGGGAGAAGCUGGCAGCCCGGCCAUCCCUCCCCCGCUGGGGGCACUGCUGGGGGAAGCUCGCAGCCUGGCCAUCCCUCCCCCACUGGGACACUGCUGGGGGAAGCUCGCAGCCCGGCCAUCCCUCCCCCGCUGGGGGCACUGCUGGGGGAAGCUCGCAGCCUGGCCAUCCCUCCCCCACUGGGACACUGCUGGGGGAAGCUCGCAGCCCGGCCAUCCCUUCCUCGCUGGGGGCACUGCUGGGGGAAGUUUGCAGCUCGGACCCGCCCCGCUCGCUCCGCCGGGACUUCCACCCCCGCCCGCGGCUCCGUCACUUUCGUUUUCACUUGUCAACUCGCACCAUCAUCGCCACGCGCCCCCCAGCGCCCCCCCCGCCAUGGCUGCGCUGCGGGUCAGCCCCCAGGCCGAGGCCCAGGUGGAUUCCUUCCGGACCCAGCUCUGCACCCAGGCUGAAGCACUCGUUGGGACCCGGUUCCCCAGUAAGAUGACUCAGCUGGAUGCUUUCCUCAAGGACCCAGCGCUGAACGUGGGGGACCUCGAGUCCCUGCGGGCCCCACUUGACAUCCCCAUCCCUGACCCUGCCAAGGAGAAGGCCAAAGCCGAGCGCCGCAAGGAAGAGAAGAAGGACGAGAAGAAAGACGAGAAGAAGUCGGAGGAGGAGGAUAAAGCGCCCCCCUGUGGCCCCGUGAGCAGCAACAAGACGGUUGUGGGACUGGUGAGCCGGGUGAAAGCCGAGAUCCAGGGCGCCAAGGAGGAGCUGGGGCUGGUCACUGUCUGGGUUCAACUCCAGGUGCCCCGUAUCGAAGACGGCAAUAAUUUUGGGGUUGCAGUCCAGGAGAAGGUGUUUGAGCUGAUGACGGCCUUGCGGACGAAGCUGGAAGGAUUUCAGACCCAGAUUUCUAAGUAUUUUUCCGAGAGAGGCGACGCGGUGGCUAAAGCGGCCAAAAAUCCUCAUGUGGGCGAUUACCGGCAGCUGGUGCAUGAAUUGGACGAGGCGCAAUACGCUGAGAUCCGGCUGAUGGUGAUGGAAAUCCGGAACCUCUACGCCAUUCUUUAUGACAUCGUGGUCAAGAACUUUGAGAAGAUCAAGAAGCCGCGGGGAGAAACCAAGGGCAUGAUCUACUGAACAACCUUUCACCUCUGGCCUCCACCAGUCACAGGGCGGGUUGGAAAGAGAGGCAAAGGCGGGACUUCCUGUCUUGCCAUCUGCUGCCGAUCAGAAAAUUAGAGCUUUAGGGGUUUCGUGGCUGGUUUUGAUUUAAAAAAAAAAGGCGCCAAAAACUUCACCUAAAAAGGAAACUGACCGGACCAAAACAAAAUUGUGAAAUAACUUUAAGGAUGCAAAAAAAAUGAAGGAAAUUAAGCAGCAAAAAAAUUAAUAGAAGGACGAGAUCUGAUGGCAACAAAUUCUCUGCCUCCAAGUCUGCAUGAAAUGCCAAAAAUUCUCCUGGCCACAAUGAAGAAAAGCUGUAAAACAGCCAAAUGAGAGAAAUUCAGUACAAGCGUCAUGAAAUGGAAACCAUGAAUGUAAAAACAAAUCCCAGAAACAGAAAUCCAAAACUCUGCGUUAAAUGGAAGGUUUUGCCCCCAGAAAUUUAGUUUUUUGGCAUUUUAAUUCCUUAUUUUGUCCUUUUGGCAAUGAUUUUUGCUUUAUGUUCCUUAGCAUUUUAAGGAGUUGCAAUAAAAUAAAAUGAACGAAUGGAAAGAAAA